AUGUUAAAAUCUCGUUCAAUUUCUGCACCUCGAGUUCUCUUCCCCUCCAAACAAUAUGCCACCGAUGGCAAAGAUAUUCCAUAUGCGAAAAAUUGGUCCGAAACGUGGUGUACUCUGUCACAAGAAUUCGAUAUUGUUUUACCCGAUAUUUUGAACAUGGAAAUACGUUCGGAUGACGUCUUUGUGGUGACCUUCAUUAAAUGUGGCACCACCUGGAUGCAGGAAGCCGCUUGGCUGCUAAUGAAUAAUUUGGAUUUUGAGAAAUCGAAAGCGAUGCAUGUUUGGGAAAGGAGUCCAUUUUUGGACAAUCAUGGCUUUAAUGUUGGCGCCCCCAAUGCCAUAGAAUAUUGUAAGACUGCACCAAGUCCUCGAGUCAUUAAAACCCACAUGCCAGCCAAUUUAUUGCCAUUGGAAAUAUGGAAGAAAAAAGUGAAGACAAUCUAUGUUGCCCGCAACUGCAAGGAUGUCGUUGUCUCCUCAUAUCAUUUCCUGAAGAAUCUCCGCCAAUGGCUUGGUGAUAAUAUCGAAGAUUUUGUCACCGAUUUCCUUAAUGAUGAAAUUUACUAUAGCAAUUAUUGGACACAUAUUGUUGACUUUUGGAAAAUGCGCAACGAGGAGCAUAUUUUCUUUGUUACCUACGAAGAGAUGAAACGUGAUUUGGGUUCGGUCAUUAAGAGAUUGUGCACAUUUUUGGGUAGACCCCAACUGUCGGAGGAGGAAAUGCAAAAGAUUUUGGAUUAUUUGUCAUUCAAUAAAAUGAAAGAUAAUGAUAAAACAAAUAUUACCACCGUUAUCAAGGAAACCAUUCCCAAUGUCGCAAAUGAUUUUCAAUUCAUGAGACGCGGCGUUGUCGGCUCCUUCAAGGAUGAAUUGACCCCAGAACUGCAAGCCAAAAUUGACGAUUGGUCUCGGAAAAUUUUGUCUCAAUAUGGUCUAACCGAAGAGGAUAUUUUUGGCAAACUGUAA